UUCCUCUUCUUCACUCUUGCUUCUCUACUCUUCUCAUUCUCUCUCUCUCUCUCUCUGAAGAAAUGGCAUCAAAGUUCUCUCUGAUUCUCUUUGUUCUGGCGAUGUGGGCCAUUGAUCUCGGUCAAGGUGCUUCAUCCCAUAAUGCCCCAGCACCAUCUGUGGAUUGUUCAAACCUGGUGUUAACCAUGGCUGAUUGCUUGUCCUUUGUUACAAACGGAAGUACCACUACAAAACCAGAGGGUGCAUGUUGUUCUGGCUUGAAGUCUGUGCUCAAAACCGCUCCUGGGUGUCUCUGUGAGGCAUUCAAAAGCAGUGCUCAGUUUGGUGUUGUCUUGAAUGUCACUAAGGCCACCACUCUUCCUGCUGCUUGCAAAGUCUCUGCUCCUUCUGCUACUAACUGUGGAUUGUCUGAAACUCCUGCUGCUGCCCCUGCUGGAGGCCUCCCUCCCCAAUCUUCAUCUUCUCCAACAUCUCCUGCAGCUGCUCCUGCUGGUUUGAAUGGUCCUGUAAAUGAGGUAUCUCCAGCACCAGCACCAACUCAAGGGAACUCAGCUUCAGCACUAUUCCCAAUUUCAGUUGGAUCCUUGCUUGUUUGCCUAUUGGUAGCUACAAUCUCAGGCUUUUGAGAUGAGUUUCGUGCUAUUUUGAGAGUAGAGA